AUGUCAGUGGAACCAAAUAUGGGUACCAUUUUACCUCAGCAGAGCGUCGAUUCUCUACGAAACGAGUACCAAUUGAUGCAGCUAACUUACCACAGAAACCUCAAUCAGCAUCGGCAGGCACGGUGGUGGAGAUAUUUCAAUAUACUUAAACGCAAUGUUCUGAAGUUGUUGCAACUUUUCGAUAAAUUGCAGUCUAUGCCCAAAAAAGCGUCAACGAUCCACAACAAGAUACUAGAAAUAUGUACCUACUUGCUACUGCGGAGAAUAUUUACCAAGGUGUACUUUGAGCUAAAUACAAUAUUGGCAUUGGGCCAAUUUAUCGCUCUCGGGUUCGCAUUGAUAGCAAUGCUUGCGAGGGUCCGAACAUUGGUUUUGGAAAUUAAUGGUGUAGACAGUAUCCACCAAGCCAAUGUUGAAGCCCAAGCAAUUGGUGAAACCCACGGCAAUUUGGAUGAAAUUGGCGAGGAAAUUGAACCAGAGACGAAAGUGAAAAAUGAUGUGAAAGAGGAAAAGAUGAAAGUGAAAAAUGAAGCUCCAAAACUGGAACCGAACAAUGAACACAGCGAAAACAAGGAUUUACGACGAGAAGUGCCCAAUGAGCGCAAGCGAACCAAAGAGUCUAAAUCAGGCAAACCCAAGAAGAAAAAGAAAGCCAAGAGCGCUAUUGAUGACAUCUUUGGCUUUUAG